AACUUAAUCAGUAAGUCUCCACAGUUGUCGUGUUUUAAGAAACAAGUGAAAACUCAUUUUACAACAUUAAUUUCUGUCAUAAGUUGAGUUAAGCACGUUUGAGUAAUGAGCUUCUUGAGGCCAUCUGCAAUGUACAACUUUUUGAUUACUUAUUAUCCUUCCCUGCGAUGGAUGCCUUGUCAGAGUUGGGGGCUCCUUCGAUGGCCAGGUCUAGACGGUUUCUUCAGACUUCUUGUGGUUUUGCUUCUCUGGUCUACCUUCUCUCAACUUUUCUACAUACCUUCUUCUUCUAUGUAUCCUACACUUCGCGUUGGAGAUCGAAUUAUUGUCGAAAAGGCUUCAUAUUACAUCAGGAGUCCUGCUAUACAUGAAAUUGUAACAUUUCGAGAUCCAACACAGCAUUCUGAAGACAACACAGAUGUUUUUAUCAAGAGAGUUGUUGCAAAAGCAGGAGACACUGUUGAGGUUCAUCAUGGGGGACUCUAUGUCAAUGGUGUUGCUCAAGAGGAGGAUUUCGUGGCAGAGCCGCCAACAUACACAACCAAAUUAACUUAUGUGCCCAAAGGCCAUGUUUAUGUGUUGGGGGAUAAUCGCAAUAAUAGCUAUGAUUCACAUAUAUGGGGACCACUUCCUAUUAAAAACAUAGUUGGAAGAUAUGUCAUGUGCUGUCACAGACCAACAAAUUAAGACUAUUGUAUAUGGUUGAGAUGUGGUAGAAGAACCAACCAGAGUUAUUUUCUUCGGUAAUUUUACAAUGAGGUGAUAGCAUAAUAGGCCAUGUUGUUCCCAUGAAGAGUUCCAAAUUCCAGUCCUCUCUAUUCAGUAAAUGAAAAAGCAUAUGUCAUAUGUUAAUCCUUCAUUGGAAUUGUUUUCUCAUAUUCUUGCAAAUAGUGAUUGGUGAGGCCUCCUUCUGUCAGAGUAUAUAUGCAACCAUCCAACUGAAUAAAAAAGGAGAAAAAAUGGCAUAUCAUUUCUAAAAGGUUUGGUUUGAGUAAUGAAGCAUUUGAAAUGGCAUAUUAUUAUUAUUAUAGGAAGCUGAGUUUUCUUUGUUAGUAUUUGUUAUAUCUUGUGUCCAUCGUGUAAUGAACUUCUUAUUAGCUAAGUAGUUAGUUGAUAAUAUUUUUUCUUUAUCAUUAUGGAGAGAAAUAGAAAUUUACUGAAA